AUGGCGCUGCUGUUCAGGCGUCUGACUGAGCACAUGCAAAGGUGUGAUGGAUUAUUUUCAUCGGCGCUUCUUAAAAGUAAGAUUUUUAUAUAUCACACAAGGUUGUUUAAAUUUUAGUUACCCAGUCUUGCAUAAAUACUUUUCACUACAAUUUGUAGGAAUGGUGUUUAUUUUCAGCUUACAUAACUGAGAGGUUUUGAAGCUAAUUUACUUUUACCCCUUCACCUUUUCUUAUUUUAUGUUCACUCCCACCCCCGUCCCCCGUCUGCAGAGUAUGGCAGAACUCGGCGAGAUCUUGCUCGUACAAGGCCAUUUUUAGGCCCUUAUUACUUAUGUAUUUAUUGUUAAAAAACUUGUGCGUGCACCUGCCAUACUUUGCAGACUGGCUCCCACCCUAUAAAUCCCAAAUACCUCUUUUUACUGUAGGUUCAAUCGUUGUAUCUGGGAUGAAUCCCAGUGUGUUAUCUCAGCCGUAGCCUCAAGAUCCUGACUGAGACUACAGACGCUUUCAAAUCAUUGACAGAGUGAGAGGGUACUGACUUUGCGCUGACUAUUGACCAGUCCUUCACUCUCAUCUCUCCAACUGGAGAUCUUAAAACAGCUUUAAGUACAAAGUACUAAAAGAGGCAGAGAUGCAUGGCCGUGGGAUUAGGGAGCAUUGGACUUUUGAUCCAGGGGCCUUGAAUUUACAUCUAAUUCUGACCCUGACCACAAUCUGGAUUUGUUCUCAGUUAUUGUGAGUUUGAAUCCUCAGUCACACUUGUAAAAUACCAACUGGUUCACCUCCAGUCCUUCCAGUUGGGUUUUUUUUCUGAUUCUUUGCCUUAUUAGAUCCCAUCAUCCCUGAAAAGCCCAUAUGGGAGAGGAUAAUAAACUAUUUAGUCAUUUGUCAUUUAGAUACAUGGAUACAAGAGUUGUUUUUAUUCAUUCCUAAAUUUUUUAUGUUGAAAUAGUUAACAUUAACCUUUUCUUUGUAAAGGUCAUUGCUGCAGAUCAUUACAAACCUCACCAGCUUUGGAAAAGUAUUACCUGCUACCAAAUUACUUGAAGAAAUGGGCCAGAAGGGACAUGAAGCGAAGAGCACUUUUUGAACAACAUGAAAUGGAACGUUCCAACUUGAGGGUUUUAAAGAAAAAUGAUAUUCUUCCAUCUGCUGUCCGGGAAAAAGCUGCCAAGGAUAUGGACAAACUCCCUUUGGACAGCUCAAUAACACGUGUGCGGAAUAGGUGUGUUCUGACUGACAGAGGCCGAGGAAUUGUCGGUAAAUAUCGCAUUUCAAGAAUAAUGUUUCGCUAUUAUGCUGAUAAAGGUCUCAUAGCUGGGAUACAGAAAUCACAAUGGUGA